AGAAGGAGGGAUAGAUCUGCGUGGUCGUGGCCGCGGUGGUGGAGGUCGUGGCCGGGGUCGUGGUCAGAGUGAUGAGUCUGUGGACACGGAUUUCGAGGGCGUGGCCGUGGUCGAGGAUAUGGUGAUAACGUUGGCGAUGGAUACGGAUUUCGUGGACGUGGUCGCGGUCAUGGACCUGGAGAUGGCACCAGCCGUCCGGAUAACCAAGGAUUUGAGAGGGGUCGUGGCCGUGGCUGGGGAUCCGGUGGCGGGUAUCGUGAGCAGAUCAGUGAAGGAGAUGCGCGCAGUGUUGAAGUCCUUUGCUCCGAGCAACUCGUGUCCCCGGCAGCUCCCAUACAUGGUCAGGAAGCACUAUGGAUACCCGUCAUCGUACAAGAUAUCUGAAUUGCAAUGGUGCCCCAUCCCACUUCAACCGCCAUACCGUGGCCGUGGCUGGGGCCGAGGUUGGGGCCAGGUUCGAGGAGCUUCUGGACUAUCGAGCCAAGAUGAUGGAGCCAGACCCACCUCACCUAUCGCUGAAAGUCGGGCGCCCAGCGUUGUGGCUGAAGUAGGCCGUUCGAUCCCAGAAUCUGCUGCGCCCGCUGCUUCGCCUGACAUAGAACAGUCUUCUACUCCAAGUGAUGCAGCGCCCUCUGGUGGUCAGAAGGGGCGUAGUAAAAAGAAACGUCCCACGCAAGCAUCUCGUGCGAUUGACCCGUCACAACAGGAGAAGGAAUCUUCGACGCCCGAAGUCGCUGGUGCCUCUGUUUCUGCUGGUACUACUACCGCUGGGAGUGAGGCUGUAACUGUUGAAGCCACUAUUGCUGCUACUGAAGAACUUUCAUUGACGGACGAUUCUCGCCCAACCGAAAUACCGUCUGCCACUGAUGCAGGGCCGUCUGCUAAAGGAAAGAGUCGUAAGAAAAAGGGUAAAGCCGCCGGCCAACCUUCUUCCGGAGGAGCUGGUUUUGUUGGAUAUCAGAGUUUACCUCAUCGACCGGACACAGGAGGCACGAUUGGCGAGCCUGUUCGAAUCUCAGUAAACUGUUGGAAUAUUACCAUUAAACCAAUGGAUAUUCAUGUUUACUUUCUCGAGGCGAUAUCACUAGACUUGGUGGAUUCGAGUGGUAAUAGGAAAGAGCUCCGAUUGCGUGCGGCCGAACUGCGAGCAAAACUACGUCAUGUAGUCGAAACGAUGCCACCGCACCCUGUGUACGAUGGUGCCCAUGCACUGUAUACGGACACCCCGCUACCGGGAAUAACAUCAGAUGGUAUUACGAAGGAAAUCCAGCUUCCGGAUCCCAUGGACGCUGGCAAGCUGUUUUUGAAAUAUCGAAUUCUCCUAACCCAGAAAAUCAACACACAGGACCUAAUAGCUUAUUUGGACAAUCCGAAAGCAUCAACACUGAAUAUGCCUCAGGACAGCAUUCGCUGUCUUGACUGCGUGUUUAAAUGUGCUUGCUGGGGAAAAUUUGAAAGUUUGGGCCGUCAGGCUGUGUUCGAGAAAACACCCAAACAGAUAAACGGACUUUUAUCCAUACAUCGGGGUUUCUUGACAAGUGUCCGACCACAGUGGAAAAUUCCAUUAAUCGUCGAUUUGGUUUUCAAGGCUUUUUUCACAGCAGGCUGCAUGGCUGAUGUUCUUUAUGAUAAGUAUGGAGAUAAUAUGAUGCGAUGCGUCAAACAAAUGGAGGACGAUCUCCUUCGAAUUCGCGCCCAGACAAACUCACUAUAUAAGCAGAAAACAAAUCGUGUAAAACGCAUCACGGUUCACGGACUAUCACGGAAACCCGCUUCGGAGCUCAUAAUUCCGGAAUUAAAUCAAUCCGUAGCGUCUUAUUUUGAAACAAAAUACGGAAUCCGGCUAAAGUACCCCGAACUGCCCUGUGUAAAGUCAAAAAAAGAUAAAGAAGAGUACUUCCCAAUGGAGCUGUUGGACAUUCUCCCGUUUCAAGCGCCAAAGGCCAGCAAGGCGGAUGUGGCAUCGCAGGUGAUCAGGUUGGCUGCUGUGCAACCUAGGGACCGUUUUAGGGAGAUACACUCCUUUCUUAGCGUUAUGCUUCAAAGUGGUGAAGGUCUGUUCAACAAGUUUGGCGUAAAAGUUUCCCAGAAUUUGGUCAAAGUAACGGGACGGAUACUGCCACUGCCGAAAGCUGAUUUUGGUCGCGGAGAUAUACCGAUCACUCGAGGGAAGUGGAACGUUCCAGGUUUCAUAACUCCCGGGUGUCAAGGCAACGAAAUCAAGUGGGCUCUGUAUUCAGUUCCACCUCAUCGAAUAUCGCGAUGCAUUUAUAUUUGUACUGCACUAUUCAUAAGGUUGCUGAAAAUUCGUCGACACCCUACGACCGGUUUCGCCCUUCUUGGGGCUUAUCAGGAAGGUAACGAGAGUCGCAGGCUUGUAAGCACAAAUCUGCCGACAGAGGCCUCAAAGUUGGGUCUGCGAAUGAGACUCGUUGAUCAGAACGCGGCACACAUUGGUGAACUAGAACAGCGAAUACGUGGAAUGCAAGUGGACAUUGUCGUUUUGAUAUUACACGAUGAGAUGAGUUAUCCCGAAAUCAAGAGACUAAGUGAUUUGCGCCUGGGAGUUCGCACACAAUGUGUUCGCCACACUACGCUACGCAAACCGCGAGUCAUGCCGAAUCUUCUGCUGAAGAUUAACGGCAAGCUUGGUGGCGUCAACUGGAUUAUUCCCGAAUUGAAACAUGACGCAGAACACUUCAUGGUGUUUGGCGCCGACGUUACGCAUCCUGCACCAACCCAGGCUCACGAUUUACAAAAGUCAGUUGCUGCUGUGACUGGCAGUGUGACACCAGAUUUGAUGCGCUAUGCGGUUGUUGUCCGCCAGCAACAAACCAGAAGGCCAGGAGACAAAGCAAUUAAAGAGACGAUUACCGAAUUGGAAGCAUGUAUUACAGAAUUGCUUCGGUGUUACCACCGCGUCAACAAUCGGUUUCCUUCAAAGCUGAUGUUCUAUCGAGAUGGAGUGUCAGAUGGACAAUUUUCAGAAGUACUCAACACAGAGCUACCGGCCAUCCAGCGCGCUUGUUUUAAUCUCUCUCAAGGAUAUGAACCUGGGAUCACCUACAUUGUCGUCAAGAAAAGGCACCACCUACGAUUUAUGCCAGAAAAGCAAACCAAUAAAUCUGGCAACGUUGAGCCGGGGACGGUUGUCGACAAGGAAGUGGUACAUCAUGUGGAAUUCGACUUUUAUCUCUGUUCGGCAGAGGGAAUUCAGGGAACUUCAAGGCCAGCACACUACCAUGUGUUGUAUGACGAUUCUGAUUGGAGUUCAGAUGCAUUGCAGGCGUUCACUUACUAUCUUUGUCACACGUAUAUGCGCUGCUCUCGGAGCGUGUCUUAUCCGGCCCCUACAUACUAUUCCCACUUGGCCGCCUAUCGUGCGCGCGAAUGGCUGACCAAUACGAGAAAUCUCGAGGCGCUGGUGCACGACAAUCGGUUCAACGUGCAUGAAUCACAAGUGACUGGCAUGUUUUACCUAUAA